AUGACAACAUUUGUUCCAACAUUCCAUCGAAAUCCAGAUGUGGAAAGAGGUGUAAACUACUGGCAAAGCGUUCCUGCUACGGUAGAUGGUGUUUUAGGAGGUUUUGGAAAUGGAACGUUGCCAAUCGUUGAUGCACAAGGUUCAAGAACGUUUUUGUUGGAAAUGCUACCAAGACUUUCAGCAAUCGCACCUGCCUCUGCUUCAUCCUCUUCAGAUAAUGCAGUCUCGAAUUGGUUAGCAGAGAGAAUCAAAGAACGUGGAGGGCCAGGAAGAGCGGUAACACGAGCAUUGGAUUGUGGAGCGGGCGUUGGAAGGGUGACGAGAGAUGUAUUGAGUAGAUUGGUAGAUAUCGUUCAUAUCGUUGAACCUGUUGAAUCAUUUCUUGAUGCGGCAAAGAAACAAUCUUCUUCUUGGCCAAGUAUGAACUUACCUCCAAGCAAGACAGCUUUCAAGGCUCGGAAAGCAGUUCAUUUUCGUUUGAGCACUCUGCAAGCUUUUGAUCCUGCUAAACCUUACUCGUCUUCCAUCUCUUCAAAUUCGAAAUUAUCAACAAAGAGAGUCAAACUACAAGCGGGUUCAACGGAAUCACUCUAUGAACCCACACUAUCGAUUGGAGACGAAGGAGAAGAUGCAACCAGCUCGCCCGGAGCACUUGAAGCUGUUUCAAAACAAGAGCCAAUCGAAUACGAUGUCAUUUGGGGUCAAUGGUGUUUGCAACAUUUAUCAGAUAAAGAUUUGAUUGCAUUUUUAGAGAGAGCAAAAGCAUGUCUACGAAAGCCAACAACAUCAAACAAAGAAUCUUCAACAAAUGCAAUUUUAGACGGAUCAGGAAUUAUCGUAGUGAAAGAAAACGUUUUACGUGCAACCGAAGAUGGAUCUGAAGAAGUUUGGUAUGAUGAUCAAGAUCAUUCAAUCACUCGAACGCCAAACGCAUACGAACGUGUUUUCCGUCAAGCAGGAUUAGAAGUCGUCAAGACGCAAUUACAACUCGGUUUACCAGAAGAAUUAUUACCGGUACAAAUAUGGUGUUUGCGUAUUCCAUCUUCAACCUAA